GUGUUAUGAGGAAAACAUGUCUUCCGCUUUGCUGGUGAUUUUGGAAUAUUGAUUUGCAUGUGUUAAAUUUCUUUUUAUAACUUUCUCAGUUGCUGGCUUGAGCUACAUUUUUGCAAUAUGUAGUACUUAGGUAUAUCAAUUGCUUCUGAUGUUUGAAUUUGGGUAAAAGAUGUCUGAUCAACAUCAUCUGCGAUCGCCAACACCUGUUGGAAUAGUUGACCAUGUUAGUACUCUCUCGGAAAACUUGGCUGAGCUCGUUGAGAAUGAAGAUUACAGUGACAUCACUCUGAUCGUUGAGAAGACUCGCUUUCCUGGACACAAAAUCAUAUUGGCUUCGAGGUCGGAAUACUUUAGAGCUUUACUAUUUGGAGGAAUGAAGGAGUCAUUGCCUGGAGUGACGGAAAUUGUUCUCCAGGACACACCACCAGUAGCAUUUUCGUCUUUACUCAAGUACAUGUACACUGGUCGCAUGAAUCUGCUGGACUUUAAGGAAGAGAAUUUGUUGGAUAUUCUUGGACUUGCACACAGAUUUGGUUUUGUUGAAUUGGAGUCUUCAAUCUCGGAUUAUUUGAAAGCUAUUCUGAACAUUAAGAAUGUUUGUGUUAUUUAUGACCUGGCCAACAUGUACAGUUUGACAUCACUGUGUAAUGUGUGUAAGGAAUUCAUUGAGCGGAAUGCUUCCGAGAUCCUGCGCUGUGAUUAUUUCUAUUCACUAUCACAGUCUUCUGCUAGGCAGUUGUUGUCAAGAGAUUCUUUCUGUGCCCAAGAAAUAGACAUUUUCUGUGCUGUGCGUGAGUGGGCAGAACACAACCCUGGCCAGGACCCGACGCCAAUACUGGACAUGGUCAGACUACCACUCAUGACGAUGAACGAACUGCUCAACAUUGUACGGCCCACAGGACUCGUCUCCCCUGAUGUCAUUCUAGAUGCCAUCAACACACAGAUCCAGUGUAGAAACAACAAACUACAGUACAGGGGAUAUCUCAUGAUGGAUGAAAAUGUUGCAACAUCACGGCAUGGAAGUCAGGUUCUUCGUGGUGAGAUGAAGUCGUCACUUCUGGAUGGAGAUCGUCGGACCUAUGACUUGGAUCGUGGCUUCUCUCGUCACCCGAUUGACGAUAACAAUGGGCAGGGAAUAGUUGUCAAGCUAGGUCAGGCUUUUAUGAUCAAUGCCAUAAACAUGUUGCUGUGGGACAGAGAUAUGAGGUCGUAUUCUUACUACAUUGAAGUUUCUAUGGAUGACAAAGAUUAUGAACGUAUAAUUGAUCACACACAACAGUUGUGUCGAUCCUGGCAGAGAUUGCGAUUUCCUGAGAGAGUUGUUAGAUAUAUUCGGAUCGUGGGUACUCAUAAUACAGUGAACAGAGUCUUUCACGUAGUGGGAGUUGAGUGUAUGUAUAUGUCGACGCCAUGUACAUUGGAACAAGGUUUACUUGUUCCAACCGAAAAUGUUGCCACAAUAAAGAAGAAUGCGUGUGUGAUUGAAGGUGUGUCGCGUAGUCGUGACGCGCUCAUCAAUGGUGAGACGCGACACUACGACUGGGAUUCUGGGUAUACCUGUCAUCAGCUAGGUAGUGGGGCCAUUGUCGUCCAGCUCGCACAGCCCUACAUAAUAGACUCCAUAAGAUUACUGUUGUGGGACUGUGAUGACAGAAGUUACAGUUAUUAUGUUGAGGUGUCCACAGACCAGCAAAAGUGGCAAAUGGUGGCUGACAAGAAAAAUGAAGCAUGCAAAUCUUGGCAGACCAUCAGGUUUGAACGAAGACCUGUUGCACUUAUUAGGAUUGUGGGAAUACACAACACAGCCAAUGAGGUUUUCCACUGCGUCCACUUCGAGUGUCCCGCAGACAUGUCGUCGGGCUCUGGGAGCUCCUCGGUUCACGUGCCUGCCAUGGGAGUCUCCAGCAUUUCGCUGGUGGCCGGUCCGCCAAUCAGUCCGUCUGUGAGUGUUGCCAACCACUCCCUGAACCAGCCCCCCAGCCACCCGCUACACCCGGGGCGGGGCAGAAACCAGCGCAUCUCGCCCCGCUUGCAGUCGCCCGAUCCAGAGAGUCAAGACAUGUACGCGGGCCCAGACUUCUGUUCUCAAGACACUCCUGAAGCAGACAGGAUGGAUGCCGACAAUCAUCGCAAUUAACUGCACCAUUCUGCACUUUAAAAAAAUGUCCACAGCAAAAAAACCAAGCCAUUGAGAAACCAAGGCAAAAAAGUGCCGUGGAUAAUUAAAAACUCCACGACAUUGCUGGUUGCCGUGGGCAAUUGUGGGAGUUGUGGGGUGUAUUGUUAGUGUGUCCCAAUGGGCUGCUGAUAUCACAUGACUAUAUCCAAUACGUUUUAUUGGAAGAGUAUGUACUAAUUAUGUUUUCAGUACUGAUGAAUUGUUAAAACACUUUAAUAAUUUCCUGAUUAUGAAAUGUUUUAUGUUAAAUAAACUAUCAGGAAAUUAGAUUAAGUACAUGUGUUGCAUUGAACAACAUCAAAUUCAAAAGGUGUCCAAGUUUUAACGCCUGACUUCUUGGUGUCGGAAUUUAAAAUAAAUAAUUCACAGUGCCUGAGUGCCUUAGAAAGUCUUACGUUUACUAGCUGCACAAAUUAUUUCUUUAUUUUAAUCAGUAAUAUCUAAUAUUUAUUAAAUUAAGUUGUUAUGCUUUAAAAUUCUUUGACUUUCUUUUCUUGACAAGAGUGUAUUAUCUAAUGAUCAGUUAUCAGUAUCAGGUAGUUUUUUGUUUGACUAAUUCUAUAAUGUUCACAGUCAUUUAUAGACAAUUUUCAUUAUAUGAGAGUUCAACAUGCUGGUAGGUGAGACUGUUUAAAGUUAAAUUCAUAUGAUCCAAACAUAAUUUUGGAUAUAUAACUAUGCAUCAAACAAAAGGUUGUUACAAUAGCAAGACUGCUGUGAUCUUGUAUACUACUGUAAAUAACUAACGAAUCAAAUAUAUUUAAAUAAACUUGAAGUUCAAUGCAGAAAUUAUAGUAAUAAUUUGUAAUAAAUAGUGAAUUCAUGUUGACUAAGUCACUUUAGAUGAAAGUAGACUAUUAUUUAGGUGUGUGAACAACUUUCUUCUCUCUCUCUCUCUGAUGUAGAUACAUACCUAGUAGAGAAAUAUAAUCAUUUGAUAUAAUAAUUUUGAAUUCAGUGUGGUAUUCAAUAAUCUGGGUUCAAAAAUAUUUUAUCAAGAAAACUCAAAAUAUUGGACUCUGUGUUUUCAUACAUCAACAUGUAUAGUAAAUUUCAAGUACAAGAUGAUUUUCCCAAUAUGUUGUACUUGAGUUUUUAUGACAUCUUGUUACAUGUUCUAGAGGAAUCAAAAAAUCUCAGCUGGAUUAUCUUGUUUAGGUUUGUAUUGCUGUUGGCCAUGGUUACCACUACAUUUUAAAACAUAACAAUUAUGUUUGCAUAGAUUUAAAUAGUCCACUAUCUGUGGAAUCGGUACGAUCCUUCAUUGUUGAAAAGAUAAUGUGGGGUUGUUUUUUUUAAACUUUAAACCAUAGUUUUGAAUAAAUUCACCAUUGAAUCACGUUUUGUGCUUUCUGCCAUAGACUGCAUAUAGAUACUUAGAUGUGACAUUAAUUCAACUAUAAAGUGUUAAAUUGUUUAAAACAAGAAAAUGGUACAUUAUCAUUUAAUAUGUGAAGUAAUGUUUGUAGUUUUAAAAUUUAUCAAGGUUUUGCUUGCCUGCACUGGUCAUACUGUUACAUAAACUUUGUUUUGGUUCUGUUUGUGGGGUUUUAAUCUAUAUAUGCAACUGGAGUGAAUGAUGGUGUAUGUGGUAUGUAGUUUGUAUUUAUUGGUAUAGUUCUUAAUGUGUAUAUUUACAAUUUUAUAUUAUUUAACAAAGUUGAACCUUAAUUGCACUGACAUUGUGCAAUUACCUCUAUUGAUGAUAUUUUGUUGUAUAUUUGUGUAUCUUAGAUA